AUAAAGGGUAAAGAAGUGGAGAAACGCCCGCUGAAGCCCUACGAAGGCCUCAGUGGGGCGGAAAACGACUAAAGAAUUGGCCGAUUUGACAAAUUAAAAAUGGCAGCAAUCUGAUAAAAUACCUGCAUAAUAAACGGGCUUUUGGCAAAGAUGCAGACCAUUAAGUGUGUAGUUGUUGGCGAUGGGGCUGUUGGUAAAACUUGCCUACUUAUCAGCUACACCACAAACAAGUUUCCGUCUGAGUACGUUCCCACAGUCUUCGACAACUAUGCGGUCACAGUGAUGAUCGGAGGCGAGCCCUACACUUUGGGGCUGUUUGAUACAGCUGGUCAGGAGGACUACGAUCGGCUGCGGCCGUUGAGCUACCCACAAACGGACGUAUUUCUAGUGUGCUUUUCUGUGGUCAGCCCUUCGUCAUUUGAGAACGUCAAGGAAAAGUGGGUUCCGGAAAUUACUCACCACUGCCAAAAGACGCCUUUCCUGUUGGUGGGCACUCAGGUGGACUUGCGAGACGACGGAGCAACGAUUGAAAAAUUGGCAAAGAACAAGCAGAAACCGAUCUCGAUAGAGCAGGGCGAGAAGCUGGCCAAAGAACUGAAGGCUGUUAAAUACGUAGAGUGUUCUGCUCUGACCCAAAAGGGGCUGAAGAACGUGUUCGACGAAGCAAUUCUGGCCGCUCUGGAGCCUCCAGAGCCGGUCAAGCGCAAAAAGUGCAUUAUUCUAUAAGAACCAAGACUACCGCGAGGCGACGACAAAUUUCAAGUAUUUCAAACAAAACUAGUAGGAGGUUCUGCACUGGCUUGUCUUCAGGUCUCGGCCCUGACAAUCGGAAAGAACCAACCUGGUGAAGGAUCAGACUGUGCACUUUUGUACAGUCUGAACUUCUUUCUAUACAUCUUAAUUAGGUUUAACGUUUUUUACAUCUAAACAUAUUUAAAGAACCUGGUAAAGGGGUAAUUGUAAGCACUAAAGAUUAACCAACUGUUUGGAUUUUCGUUUGUUGGGCUCGUCUCAGUUUGCAACCUUUGUAGGAUGCGAAUUAAGCUGGGGGGUAAAGCUUUGAUUUUUAUCUAUUCUACUAUGCCCGACCGUUAAGAGCAACAUUUUCGAGCCCCCCUAUAGUUCUUGUAUAUACCAUUAUAAUCGAGUGAAUGAAUCAGCUAACCAGAAUCUUGGCCGAACGGGAGAUCGACUCGAGCCUCAACAGCAAACUGAACAAAACACUUUGCAUUUUAAAUGUAAAUAUUUACUUGUUCGAGCCAACUUUGUGAUCUCUCCUUUGGCCAUACCCUACCACCUAAGAUGCAUUUAAGAUUUUAUUUUACUACUAACAAAUACUGUAUUCGUUAAUGUGUGUAUAGUUUUUCAUUGCGUUUCAAUUCAUACACUGUUCAUUUACUAUUUAAUACUACAAUAUAGAGUAUAUAAGCUUAA